AAGUAGAAACAACGACUUUGAAGAAGAGAUGCUCAGCCUGCUGAAGCUCGGUACAGAGACUUCAGGAGUUGCUUCUGGUCCGUCCAAGCAAUUACAGAGAUUGAACUGCACAUGUAACUAUUAUCUCUAUCUGGGUUGAAAAUUAUUUUUGUCUGGAUGUGGACCCGUGUGAAACCAAACCAUAUAUUAAGAGAAGGCAGCUCGAUCAACCAACUGAGAAUUCUAUCCUUGCAGGUUGGAUAUUUUCGACAUUCUCAUUUCCAGACAAAGCCGCAAACUGGUUCUGAUGAUGUUUCACAUUCAUCAACAGAAUUUGCCAAAAGAAAGGUCCAAAGCAUCAUUGGGAUUUUCUGGGAUUUAGGUAACAACAAACCACCAAGAACGUUACCUCCUUUUGAGGCAGCUACAAAGAUAAGAAAGGCGGCAGAGCAGUUUGGAUUUGUUAGGUAUAUGAUAGCCUAUGCUAAUGAACAUGCACUCAGUUAUGUUCCACCUGCUGUAAAGAAGAAGAGGAAAGAAUGUAAAAUGUCAAAUGACUUGGAGUAUACCUGUAGGGUGUGUGGAAGGAGGUUUUAUGCUAACGAGAAGUUAAUAAACCAUUUUAAGCAAAUCCACGAGCGUGAGAAUAUGAAACGGGUCAAUCAGAUUGAGAGUGCAAGAGGGAGCAGGAGGGUGAACUUGGUGGCAAAAUACGCAACAAAGAUGCACAAGUUUAAGAGUGCAUCUAGAGACAUUCUGUCACCAAAAGUUGGGUACGGUUUGGCGGAUGAGUUGAGGCGCGCCGGAUUCUGGGUUAAGUGUGUUCCAAAUAAACCAGACGCUUCAGAUAUUGGUAUAAGGGACCAUUUGUUGGAUAUGAUGGACAAAAAGAUGGUAGACUGUGUGCUUCUUAUAUCUGACGAUCUGAAUUUCGUGGAGGUUUUGGAAGAGGCAAAGUCGAGGUGUUUGAGGACGGUGGUCGUUAGUGAUGUCAGAGAAGGGGCUCUCAAGAGGACCGCUGAUGCUUCAUUUUCAUGGGAGGAGGUAGUGAUGGAGAAGGCCAAGAAAGAAGCUGUCGCAGUUGUGGGUCGGUGGAAGGACCGCGACGUGUUGAAAACAUUGGAAUGGACUUAUGAUCCAGAGAGAGACAGAAAAUACUAUUUAUUAUCUGACAUUGAUAGUGAGAACUGGUCUGAUGGGGAAAAUAGUGAUGAUCAUUUCCUGCAGAAGGAAGAUAGUGGAGCAUGGUGGGAGCUGGACUCUUAGACUGCCAACAUGAACGGAUGACCGUCACAGUCAUUUCAAAGAUAUACUAGGCUCCGUUUUGUAGCCAUAAUCGGCUUAAUCUGAUUAUUCUAUACUAAAAUAAAUAGCUUCCAACUUACUUGGCUGAAAUGGAUGUGGUUGUUUCCAGAAGCUUUUCCUUUAAAAACAUCACCCGGUUAAAUUAUUUUAGCCACGCACAGACUUUACCCUAAAGGCCGUUGUACAUGAAGAAACUGAAGUGGCGGGCUAUUGAAACAUAUGGGGUCAUUGUGCAUGAGCUAAGACAAGUCCGUCUCACGAACAUAAUGUCUAUGAUGAUAAUGUUUCUGUUUGUGUCGCAA